AUGUCGCCCGGCAGCUUGCCCGGCGGGAUUGUGACCUCGAGCCUGUUCCCGCUGGGCGGUCGGACAAAGAUGGUGUGCGCCGAGGAGGCGGUCUUCUCCGGCAUCGCAAAGGCGCUCGAGGUCGGCGGCGCGCGCCGGCGUCGCGUCGCGGAGAUCGCGAAUGUGCUUGUCGCGCUGGCUGCCAUGCUGGUGGACCAACUGGCCGGAGUUGGACGCAAGAAGAAAACGCGGCGUUUCCUCCCUUGGGUUAUCGGCUCCUAUAACGGGUAUCGGUACGAACUCCUGUGGUACCGGCCCUUCCCAAAACCCGGCCUGAGCGCUGCGCCGGCUCUCAUACACAUGCAGUGGAGCUACUCGCUCAUUGCGUACGUGAGCAUCCUCUUCUUCGUCGCCGGCGUCGCAGAAAUCGGCGGCGGAUGGCUUGUCUGGCAGGCCGUGCGCGAGCAGAAGCCGUGGUGGUGGGCGGUCGCUGGCGGUGCGGUGCUGAUGCUGUAUGGGUUUGUGCCGACAUUGCAACCGCUGAACGAUUUCGGAAGACUGUACGCCGUGUACGGCGGCGUCUUCAUCGGCCUGUCUUUCGUGUGGGGGUACCUCUUCGACGGGAUUGUGCCCGACACCGGCGAUUGGGUCGGCAGCAUCGUGGCGCUGCUCGGCGUGGCGCUCGUGCUCUUCUGGCCACGCGAGGGCGCUGAGCAGGUAGUUGAGCCGCUCUUGAUCACCGGCCGACAGGCUUGA